AUGCAACUCCUCGGACUUCUUGUUGUCUGCCUUCCUGCCGUAUCGGCCCAAGCUUUCUGGUGGACAAACAGCGGUUGGUCCAAGCCCGCCGAUUUCAAUAGCAAGGCCUGCGCGAGCAAUCCCAAUACUCACUACUUCUGCGGUGUUAUUUCUGGUACACGGGGCGAGAAUGCCUACCCAAACCAAUUUCCCAUCAGACGUGAUACUUGCACCUUGGCCGACACUCUGGGACGAGGAUGUAACUGGCAGGGUGCUGUAGGAACUGUUAUCUGU